UGCGUAGUCUGUGUCUUUAAAAAAGUCUUUAGCGAAUGAAGAAUGGUGUCAGGCUUCAGGCAGUUCAUAUACCGUUCAUGUGAGUGUCGUCCACUUCCUGCAAAGGGAUAGAGGCACGCAAAAAGAGAGAGGGAGAUGGGGUGUGAGUGGGUUAGAUACGGAGAGCGAGCAAUCGAUGUGAAACCGGGGCCUGCAUACGAUAUAGACGACCCUGCAAACUUUGCAUCACAUGAAAGAACCCUGUUUUGCCUGACAUCACCAUUUGACGGAGGAGCGUCAACAUUCGGAUGCCCUCCUCACCAACCGUGUCUACCGUGAUUUGAAGCCCCUUCCUUCUCUUCCUCUUACUCCACCUCUGUCAUGUCCCAGCUUCUUCAAGUGGAGAUCUCCAACUUCGGCACCACGGUGCUGGGCUCUCUCAACGAACAGCGUCUCCUGGGCCAUUACUGCGAUGUUUCCAUCCUAGUUAAAGGCCAGGUUUUCAAGGCUCACAGGGCAGUUUUGGCUGCCAGCAGCCUGUAUUUCCGCGAUCUCUUCAGCAGCUCCUCCAAGACCCAGUUUGAGCUUCCUUCCUCUGUCACCCCCGCCUGCUUUGAGCAGAUCCUUUCUUUCUGCUACACCGGCAAGCUGACCAUGGCUGCUAGUGAGCAACUUGUGGUCAUGUACACAGCCGGCUACCUACAGAUACAGCACAUUGUGGAGAAGGGGAUGGACCUGAUGUUUAAAGCGAAUUCUCCUCACUGUGAUUCCCAGACAGCUGGUUCCUUAGAGGAAACAGGCUCAGAACCGCAAAGUCCCAGUAAUAACGGUAACAAUAAUUCAGCUGCUGCCGUUUUGGGACCACAGGGCUGGUCGCCUUUGCUCGGUGCCAGGAAGAUCAAGCAAGAAGGACCAGACGCAACUCCUUUAGGACUGUCCAUCAUGUCCCAUCAGAAAAGGGGGAGUUCCUCAUCUAGUGAGCUGGCAGGAAGGUUGGCGAGAGCAAGUUCACUGUUCUACACGGCAGCAGGCGGGACCACCUUCUUCCCAGGAAUGCCGUCAUAUCCACUUGGAGGGGGGGCCGGGGCUGAGAGGUCCAGCCCAGGGGCAUCCAGCCUGCCCAUGACGGACAGCCCAACGUCAUAUCAUAAUGAGGAUGAGGAGUUUGAGGAGGAGCAGUUUGAUGGAAUCACAGAAGAUGCCUAUAGUCAUCUGUAUGGGCGAUCAGCAAACCCCUAUGGUACCCAGGACAAGCCGGAGAUGGCAUCCAUGCCCCUGGCCCUGGAGAACCGCUCCUGUGUGCUGAUCCGCAGGGACCUGGUGGCACUGCCCGCCAGCCUAAUCAGCCAGAUAGGGUACCGCUGCCACCCCAAACUUUACACAGAGGGAGACCCUGGGGAGAAGCUGGAGCUGGUGGGAGGAACAUCUGUGUUCAUGACACGGGGCCAGUUGAUGAACUGUCACCUGUGUGCUGGUAUUAAGCACAAAGUCCUGCUGCGUCGCCUGCUUGCCACCUUCUUCGACAGGAACACAUUGGCAAACAGUUGUGGAACAGGCAUUCGAUCCUCAACCAGCGACCCGAGUAGGAAACCUCUCGACAGCCGGGUACUCAAUGCUGUCAAACUUUACUGUCAGAACUUUGCUCCAAACUUUAAAGAGAGUGAGAUGAACGUCAUUGCUGCCGACAUGUGUACCAAUGCGCGGCGUGUCCGCAAGCGCUGGCUACCCAAGAUAAAGUCCAUGCUUCCCGACGGCAUGGAGGUCUACCGGGCCGGGAUGGGGGUAGGGGCCGGGGUGGGCCUGGGUCUAGCCUUGGGAGUCUCCCAAGCUGGAGUAGCCCACACCUUUGAGUCCCUGACCCCCUCUGGCCUAGCUCUGGAGCAAAGGCUGUUCCAGGAGAGAAAAGACCCACUCAGGACUCAUCUUCUGUUGGGUGAAGGUAGCCCAGGGUCUGGGGUUCCUGGAGGUGAGGGCGAGUCUGAGAUGAUGGGUCAGGAGGAGCAGGAGGAAGAGGAGGACGAGGCAGGGUUGGAGGCUAUGGAUGGGACAUUGAGGGCAGCGGCUUUGAUUCCAGGAGGUGAGGCUGGGCACGACACAUCCCCAGUACAAGAAGGGGAGGAGUUUGCAGAGGGCCUAAGAAAUAAUGAACAGUGAAUGCAAUCUAUUUUUUUGUUGUAUCAUACUUUCACUCACUCGCUCUUUCUCUCCUUAACCUCUCCUUUUCUCUGCACUUUCCAAAGGGAAUCUCUUCGCACGAUAUGCAAUGCUCGCAAAAAUUUAAGAACUGUAGAAUGCCACAUUCACAUACAGUACACACAUAAACAUGCACACACACAUAACAUUUUAACAACAAAUGAACAGACAGACAUAGAAGAAAGGAUCUAAAUGUGUAAAUUUCAUACCCUUGUCCUGUCUUGGUAACUAUGAUGUACACCGUGGUAACAGUUACUUUAUGCCAACUUUCUGGAGAGUGGUGCCAAUAGAUAGGAAUUGGUAAAAUGAUAUGCCCCUUUCUAGAAAAGCGGCCCAGCUUCUGAAAAUAACGACUGUAACCUUGAAAAGACCCUACUGGUUCUGUGGCCAACUGAACUUGCAGUUCCCUGAAGGAGUGAUAUGGUAGCAUGAGACUAUCCCACUCUGUAAGACAUAUCACACAUUUACUUUAAAUGUUAAAUUAAAUUGUGUCAUAGGGUACCCAAUUCAUUUAAUAACUUUUAUAUGGAGACAAAAACAGCAUGUGAUACUUUAAUGAUAGAGUAAAGGUAGGAUACUAUCAUCUAAUAGCUUGAGGAUAAUAUUCAAUAUGAAAAUAUGAAGGACUUUUUGUCUGUUAAUGGUUUACCCUCACGAUAUGUUGAAUUAGAUCAUCAAUGUGAAGCCUGUGCCACACACUUGCGCACACACACACACACACACACACACACACACACAGACACACACCUUAUGGUCUUAACCCCAGUAUCCAUGAGUCUGAGACAAGACAGCUAAUUGUGCUAGCUACACUUUGCAUACUUUUUUAAUAGAACAAACCAUAAUACACACUUGUAAUACAGGCUCAGAAUGGCGUAAAUUAUAGAAACACAAACAAGAACAUAUAAACACAAAUCUUGCAUGCAAAAUUAAAAUACAGAAUAGUACCAGAGAAAACAACGUGUCACUAAUGAAGGUGCAUCCAGAAGAGAAACAGUUCCCGUUGACAGAAGAUACAUCAUUAUACAUAAAUAUGCGACCCUGGGAAGCCAGGCAUGACCUGGCUAUCACAGGUUUGACCAGUUUAAGAGUUUAACCCAGGCUUGACCUGAGAUUGGUCCUUGCCAAGAUCUGAUAUUUACCAUCAGUUUUACCUGGCUUUGUCUAACUAUGGAGGAUACUAGAUACAGUACACUGAAAAUUAGAGUACUAAAAAGAUACUAUGCUUAGUAGUGUACACUACCAAGUGUUGUAAGUGAAAAGCACUGUUUCACUACAUCUCCAUGGAAGAACAGGCACUAAAAGACUACAUCACCAAUCUUUGUUGGGGAGUUUGGGGGGUCAUGCAGGGUGAAUAAUUGAUACAAAUGUAUUGCUGGCUUGUUGUUUUAUCCCUUAAUGAGGUUAAGGAGUGAGGAUGGCUAUAUGGAAUUUGAAAAGUUACAUAAGAAUGCCCCUUUUCUGCUAGUAUUUGUCCAUUCUCACUCUAAUCUUUUUGACAUUUUGGAGGGUGGAUAAACAUAGCUACCAAAAUUCUAGAAUAAAUGCCUACCUGAUCAAAGCUUCAAAUCUGGUUAAAAUCUUUUUGGUUAAAACGAAAGCGGAGGGUACCCAGAAAUAUAAACUAAGAAAUGUUUAAGACAAUAAUUUUAACCCUUGCUCUAAAAUUCUGUUAACUGCUUGCUGGAUAGGGAGGUUGGUUGAGUAAAUAUGGAUAGUCUGGUUGAAUGAUGCAAACAACAUGUACUCAGCUGAUUUAAGUCUAAGAGGACUUUAUGCCAAUUUUCAUUUGACUGUGCACUACAAGACCUGACAUAAAAAUCUAAAAUGCUCAACUGACUUGAUCUAACAAUAUAGAUACAGUAUCCCCCCCCCCCUAAUUUUUUAUGCAUAUAUAUAUAUGCAUAUAUGUGUUGUAUAUACGCAAAUUUAAAGGGUGGGCCAGUUUUGUUACUUUAAUGUCUGUAUGCUAUCUGUCCUGUGUAUGUUUUUUGGGGGGAAGCUUAAAGAUGGUCCUGUUUCUAUGAUAAGGAGCACAGGGUUGAAAUUGCACUAUAGGUAAAGAGAAAAAUGUUUACAGGAGUCUUUCUUGGAGAAAUGUGAUAUGCUAUGGAAAGUUGGGCCGGGAGAGGGUUGGGAUGCAGGUCUAAUAUUGUGGGUGAAUGUGUAUUGUAACACUUCCAAAACUCUGUAGGGUACAGUUGGGAACCCUAUUUGGGACAAGAUAAAACACUUUUCUAGCUGAUGAAACACAGUAUUGUCUCACCAAUGCGGGCUGGAGAGUAAUGUUGAUGCCUUUUUUGUGACAGUACGAUGUGGUGUACAAUGUGGUCUUAUCAUGUGUGACUGAAGCUUGAGUGAUCUCAAGCACUGAGAAGGGCUGUAACUUUGAAUGGGUCUUUAAUGUGAUUUAUUAUAUCCACUAAUCUGCCAAAUAUACAAAUAAUUCUAGACUAGCCAGAUAUGUGGGCUAAAAUAGGUUGUGCACCUUAUCUUAUUCUACUCAUAUUUAAACAAGAAACCUGCUCUCAUACCUUUUAGAAUGAGUGAACAUGUUUCUCAAUAGAAAUAUUUUAAUAUCUGUCAGAAAACGUAAAAUUAGGACCUAUACAUCAGUUUUUAAGUAACUGAUGAAUUACCUUUUCUUGUAGACAGUCAAUAACAAAAACAUGACAUUGAUGAGUUGCAUGGGCUACUUUUUAAAUGAAGUCAAUUUGGGUUGAAGAUAAGUGAUAAGUGCCUUAAUCGAGACGGCAGGGUGAGAAAAUGUUCUAAACACUGUUUGUAUUCUGUCAUUGACAACUAAAUGGUAUUAGAGUUAUGAGUUGUUGUAUUCUAAUGGUUGUUUUUCAAAGCUAUUUGCUGCAUAGUUUAAUGCUAAGAGGUAAUGAUAAAUACUGAGAUUUCAAUGGUAGACUAUGGCAAUGACUUUGACUAAGGCUGGGAUAUGGGAAUUUCUUUUACCUUUACGGCAGCUGUAGGCAAAACGUGAAGAGAAGCAAGUUGGACAAAGACGGUUCAGAUCAUCUGUGUGCCCUCUCCGAUUGUAACUAACUAUUUAUCAAUUUGAGAACAUAUUAUAUACUGUUUAUGUAUGCAUGGGCACGCUUGUAGAGGUCUAGGGAUUCUCACAGACACAAACAAGUGGUAUAUUAACACAUUGGAUGUUGUUACAUACUCUUAAGUUAAUAUAUCAGUCUAUUCUACUGGUUGACCAUGGUAUAGACAAUCUGUGACUGACAAGGCAAUUGAGUUGUAGAGUGAAACUAAAAUAUAAUGUAGACUAUACCCAUACGAUUACUUCCAAGUAAGACUCAAUCAAACCUGCUCACACACAGUAUGUAAACUAGAACAAUUUAAGUUUAGCCUUGGGAGUAAAAUACUGGAGUUUGUGCUCAUCCAUAGGAACUCAUUUAUGUAAAUAUUCUUGGUUCAUUGCCUUGUUAAUUAUUUUGACUAGCUUGGAUCAAAUUUGAUUUCUACUUGCCUUAUUGCUUCUUCUGUAACUGGUCUACCCACAGAAAGUUUAAGAAAACUACUCUCAUAAACAAUUUACUCUCUCCCAUUUAUGUUUCAUCGGGUGUAGUUGGAAACUGAUAAUAUGUUGCACCAGAAACUAAGAGAAACUCAGAGAAUGUCAUGGCUAACCUUAAAGAGAAUGAGCACUGUUUGUGGUGGCUAAAUAAAAGUAAAAUUCCCAGUAUGUAAUAUGGGAUUGUGGGAUUGUGUUGGGUUUGUCAGCCUUCCAAGUUCUCGAUUCACUGUCCCCACAGUACAGUGAGCUGCUAGGUGGUGUGUUCUCACAAGUAACUGCUUUGUUGGCGGUUUAUCCAUUUCCACACUAUUUGGUUGUAACACCCCUGUUGUAGUGGCUUUCGACCCUAAAGGAUCAACCAAUUUGAGCAAAUCCCUCACAAAAUCCCAAAUUCUGUGUUUCUUCAUAGGAUCAGUCAAGAUAACAAGGAGCUUUUGUUUAAUGAAAUACCUGUAAUAUAAUGCAUGCUCAACUUCAUAAAUCCGGCAGUCCAAUCCAUGGAAGUGUCUGACCUUGAAAACUCUACUAUCCGUUUUAUUUCAAAUGUAUAGCUCUUUGCUAUGAACCGCUAUUAAGAGUGUGCAAUCCUGCUGUGAAUGAGUAUCCAUUUUGUAUACUUCAUUAUUCCGUAAAGACCCUCUUUCUGACGGUUUACAUUAACCCACCCAGCUCACGGCAUUAUAAACAUAACAGUUAGGUUGUUAUAACUGUGUGAGAUUUAUGAAGACUGACUACUGCGUAAUGUACAUGCAUGUGAACACUUGGCAGUCUUGGAAUAUAACUGCACUAUUUGUUUGUAUGUCUUUAGAUGUAAUGCCAGCACUUUAGAUAUUUAGAAGAAAACAAAUCUUUGAAUUUUGUCUAAUGGUUGGACUAAAGAUGAAAAGAACAACCUUUAAAGCCAUGUGCUCAGAGCGCUGACAAUCAGAAUGGGAAUAAGAACCAAGUGCACUAUGGGAGAUCUGUUAUGAAUUGCUAGGCUCCUGCAACUUCCUGCCUUGUUGUUUUCAGCUUUGCUAUUGGUUGCUCCAGACCGGGGGCUUGUGAAUGUGACUAAGUCAAUGCCAGCCAAGAGUCCACUUAGUAAUAAUCUCCACCUUUCAAAGGCUUGACUGAGAACUCUCUUCAGCAUUGUUUUAGGGUCAGAGAUGUUUUGAACUGUUCAAUGAUUAUAAUGGGGGUAGCCUAAACUGAUCCGAGAGCAGCAGCAGUCUUCUCAUGGGUAUAACAGUGUAGUUUGAUGGCUUCAGAAUCUGUUAUUACGGGUGAAUUAAGAAUAGAAAAGACUAAAUAUUUUUUCAUCAUACAGUAGUGACAAAUACACACACAUGCAGGGAGUGGCAACACUGGGAACACACACGGAUGCAGGAGUGUCCACUGUAGAAAUGUGUUUUCUGCAUUUUUCCCCAUCCUUGCUGUCCUUCCUCCAAGGGUAGCUAGGAGCAGUGGGCAGCCCUAUCAAGCGAUGCAUGAGGACCAAGUCUGUGUGCUCAUGCCCCAUGUCUUUGUCAGGGAUAUAGCAGAAGAGCCAUCUCUAAUGUUUUGCAUGUUUUUGUAUUGGGGUUCUUUGUGGAAAUGCAAACUUCACACAGAGGUCUGGCUCACCUGAGCACCAACGGGCCUGGGGAGAACAUGUCCCAUUGUCCCAUGCAGGGAUAGAACCCAGGACCUUCUUGCUGUGAGACGGCAGUGCAAAGCACCAUGCCACGUUUACACCAGAACCUACUUUUUAAGUUAAACUCCUAUGGUUAAUACUCACAUGGAUAAACUAAUCGAUCCUGGUCCUGAUUCUGACUAAUAUUUGCAAAAAUGUUAUUUGGGGUUAUUUGGUGGUAAAUUAUGGCUUUUAUGUCUCUAGUGGUUAUAAACAUGCCCUUUAGGUAUACUCUGACUCAUCAUAUGGAGAGGUUGUGAAUAUUAAUCGGCCGUAUUCCUGUAGUACUUCCAAUGUUUCAGAAAGCGGCAAAAUGACUAUUAAUGUUAAAUCCCCAACACUUUUCAACAGAAAGCAUUUCGUGAAAACAAGAAGGUGCGGGCUAAGUCUGGAAUUGGGAUGUUUGGUUACUCUUUAAAGUAACCCUCAAGGUUUGACUUUAUUCAGUACCCAUACCUAUUACCUUGUGAUCUGGGACGAGAGUUGGAAGGACAUUGGGUUUUGCACAUUCUGUGACUGCUUUGUACUUUUAAAUAGAAAAUUACAAAAAUGUGUAUGCAUCUUCUGACUCAAGUACCAAUAAUACAAGUGAAACGCAAGAUACCACUUUUGAUGUUACAUUAAUUGUCAAUUAUCCUCAUUCCCAUUAUUUACUUCCAUUUAGUUGACAUUGUGUAGUUCAAAAGUAACAGAUUUCUUUCAAAUGCAAUACUGAAAUGUAUGCUUUCUAAUAAAACUCCUUACUUCAUCA